AAGUCCUAACAUUUCUAGCCACCCGUUUAGAUUCCCCCUCUCUAGACUUGCUCUCAGCUCACUUGCUUACUCUCCGGAUUGCAAUUUUUUCUCACAACCAUCAACACCUUGGUCAGCUCCAACUGAAACAACUACUCAAUACUCAAAACUCCUCGGUCCUUUCCGGCAACUCGGACAGGAAGGUAAUAAAGAUGGUGGCUACACUCAUGGCAGCAUCCGCCAGCUCCAGCACUGUCCUUAGACCAAGCCCCUUCUUGGGUCAGACCCGGGGAUCCAACGCUAACCCACUUAGAGAUGUCAUUUCCAUGGGAACUGGCAAGUUCACUAUGGGGAAUGAGUUAUGGUAUGGACCAGAACGCGUCAAGUACUUGGGACCCUUCUCUGCUCAGACCCCCUCAUACCUCACCGGAGAAUUUCCAGGUGACUACGGUUGGGACACUGCCGGACUAUCAGCAGACCCAGAGGCCUUCGCCAGGAACAGGGCUCUUGAGGUGAUCCAUGGCCGAUGGGCUAUGCUGGGCGCACUCGGGUGCAUCACCCCAGAAGUUCUUGAGAAAUGGGUCAGAGUGGACUUCAAGGAACCAGUUUGGUUCAAAGCUGGAGCUCAGAUCUUUUCUGAAGGGGGGCUUGACUAUCUGGGCAACCCCAACCUUGUCCACGCUCAGAGCAUCUUGGCAGUGCUAGCCUUCCAAGUGCUGCUCAUGGGACUGGUCGAGGGCUUCCGCAUCAAUGGCCUUCCAGGAGUUGGCGAGGGAAACAACCUCUAUCCUGGUGGAACCUACUUCGACCCACUAGGCCUUGCUGAUGACCCUGUCACAUUUGCCGAGCUCAAGGUGAAGGAGAUCAAGAAUGGUCGGCUCGCCAUGUUCUCCAUGUUUGGGUUCUUCGUCCAGGCUAUAGUUACUGGCAAGGGCCCUCUCGAGAACCUCUUGGACCACCUCGACAACCCUGUUGCUAACAAUGCAUGGGUCUAUGCCACUAAAUUCGUUCCAGGAUCCUAGAUUUCAUUGCAGUUCUUUGCUUCCAUGUUAAUUUGUGAAAAUGAACAAAUAUGUGAAGUGUUUCUGUAGAUUAUGUAGUGGGAUUUGAAGAGUGGAUCUUAUGUUUAUCAGUUAUUAAGAUUGAAUAUCUUGUAAUAAUUCUGGUGUUGGUGCUAUUUUCAUAUUCUCUAUACUUAAGAGGACCAGAUCAGUGUAAGUCAGCAACUGCUAUAUUGGAUAAGCACGAGUUCCCCAUGAAAUCAAACAAAGUUUAUUUUCGUUUCCA